GCCACCAAGCACACUGUCCAACAGCUGCACAGGCUGGGCGUACAUAGAAUACCGGGCACCUCUUGUGAUGGCUGGCACAUGCUUGCAGUUCUUUGGGUUCAUAUCUAGUUUUAUCGGCUGGAUUGGAGUGGUUAUAGCUACUGCCACUAAUGACUGGGUGCUGACCUGUGACUACAGCAUCAACACUUGCAGGAAGCUGGACGAGUUGGGAUCCAGAGGAUUGUGGGCAGAUUGCGUUAUCGCCAUAGGGCUGUAUCACUGCAAGCCGCUGGCUGACAUCCUAACAUUGCCAGCUCACAUCCAGGCUGCCCGUGCACUGAUGAUAACAAGCUCCUUCCUGGGGCUCCCGGCUGUGUUCCUGCUUCUCUCGGCCCUGCCCUGCAUUCGAAUGGGUCAUGACCCUGGCACAGAGAAACACAAGCGCUUUCUAUUGGGAGGAGUUUUGAUUGUCAUAGUAGCUCUUUGCACCAUUAUGGCCACUAUCUGGUAUCCUGUGUCCACUCACAAGGAGACAACCAUUGUGACUUUUGGAUAUUCACUAUACGCAGGAUGGAUAGGGGCAGCAUUUUGCCUAUUUGGAGGUGUUGUCAUCAGCUGCUGUUCAGGAGAGUCUCAAGCAUUCAUGGAAAAUCGCUUCUAUUAUUCAUCCCAAGGUUCUGGAUCUCCAAGUCACGCUAAGAGCGCAAAUGUGUAGACAUGAAUGAAUCUUAUCAAGCAAGUGCAACCUUUUUGUGCCUCUACUACAAUGUAGCUGACAGACCUUGAUAACAGAUGUGCCUGCAGUAUUACCUGUGUAUACUGUUCUAAGUCCUCUCAGUGCCACAUUUAAGGGCACAAAACUGAGAACUAUUUUCUGUAUUAGUUAACUGUUGCACGUGCCUUUAUGUUUCAUUUUACUUUGGUGCCUGAUGCA